AAUCCAACUACGAACUGUUCGAAAUCUUUUCAAAAAGAUUAAUUCUUGACAAUUAAUCGGCACUUUGACGCUCAAAUUUCAUUUCGUUCAAACCCCACUGAGAAAUUUCUCAAUCCAUUCGUGCCUUUGCUCGCCGUGAUCGACCACCAGUCGCAAGUCGUCGUGUCUCCUUCUAUACAGCAACCACGGACCCGGUCAAGCGCGCGCAGAUGUCAUAAUAGCCAAAAAAAAUUCGCAGCAAGGCAUCGAUUUCAAGCCACGGUGAUGGUGCUGAGUCAGGAAUGGAAACAUUCUGAACAGGUUACAGGUCUAUGGCGCUCAGAUUAGAAUACCACCUUGCCGGAAAUCUUAAUAAAUGUGUAUGCUUUGUCAUUUUAACACUGGAGUAGACGGGCAUGAUACCUGUUGCUUCGUGCUUCAAGCACAUUUCCCGUUGCAAAACAAGAACAGGCUUGUUGCCACCGAAAUGCACCACAACCAUCCCAAUUGGUAUCUGGCCAUCCAUAGCAAUUUUAAGUAAAGCUAUUGGCAGUUAUCAAUCAUUCACAACAAGGCCCUCUUCGGACUUGGGGGAAGUGCCUGAUGGAUUAUCAGAUCAUAUUCUCUCAUUGGAUAGAAGUGCUUCAAAGUUUAGUGAAGAAGUCUAUACUGUUCACAUAAGAAAGCUUUGCGGAGCUGGAAAACUUUCUACUGCAGCUAAUUUAGUGCAAGCUCUGCAAGAGAGAAAUAUUUUUCUCCCUGAAGCAAAUAACAUCCUUUUGAAAGCAGCGGGUGAAAAAAAUGAUACUGAACUUUCAUCUCAGAUCUUCAAACAUUUACUGUUGUCUGGUAAACCAUUGAGUUCAACUUCUUAUCUUUACCUUGCUAGGGCUUUUAUAAGGACAGACAAUGAUACUCACUUACUUCGAUUUGUCAAGGAAGUAUCAGAGUUGGCCUUCCCGUCAAGCACGAUAAUUGUAAACAGAAUCAUCUCUGCCUUUUCUGAAUGUGGGCAGGUAGACAAGGCUCUUCUGAUAUUUGAUAAUAUUAAAGGCUUCAAGUGUAAGCCUGAUUUGAUAACUUACAAUACUAUUUUAGAUAUGCUCGGUCGGAUUGGUCGUACGAGUGAAAUGCUUGAAUUAUUCACAUCUAUGAAAGAAGCUUGUAUUUUUCCAGAUAUCAUUUCUUACAAUACUCUAAUAAACAGCUUGAGAAAGAUUGGGAGAUUAGAUUUGUGCCUUGUAUAUUUCAAGGAAAUGACCGAGAGUGGAUUUGAACCUGAUUUGCUCACCUAUACAGCACUGAUUGAUAGCUUCGGCAGAUCUGGGAACAUAAAUGAAUCAGUAAGAUUAUUUUGUGAGAUGAAACAAAGAAAGAUCCGUCCAUCAAUAUAUAUCUAUAGAUCAUUAAUCAGUAACUUGAAGAGGGCAGGAAAGCUGGAACUGGCUAUGAAACUUUCAGAGGAGAUGAGCUUGUCUUCUUCAGAUUUGGCUCGUCCGGAGGAUUUCAAAAAAACAAAAGCCAAAGUCUUUAAGCGCUGAAGUUUCUGAAUUUUGGAGUUUCAAGAAAUUCCUUAGAUUCUUGAUGAAGUCAGUUCAAGCUGGGUGACAUUCUGGACAUGUUCCCAUGUGCUGCAGUUGUUGUUAAAUGGAAACUGUUGAGGGCUGCAUGGAGCUUUUGGAACUUACGCAUCGAGUCUCACUCUCUUUGCAAAGCAAAAGUGGUAAUUCAUUUUCCAACUCUCAACAUCCUUCAAAUUGCAGCAACAUCUAUAAUUUGGCUACAUUGUAGUAGGCUGCUUUAGAGGAUCAAGCUGGACCAGGAUUGCCUCCCCAUUUCUAUGAUUAGAUCUUGCUUACUUUAUAAGUUGGAUUGCUCUGUCUCAUCAUAGCUAACUGACAACUGUAGUUGUAGAUGGUUUGGUAAAUUUGAAAAAUUACCUAUGAGCCUGGAUAAGCUAUCACAUGCUUGAAUACAACAGUUCGCCAUGAACAUUUGUGUCAAGGCAACUCUGGUAUAAACUGUUAAGAAGCUUCUGAUAAAAUUUUAGCGAAUAAGAAGAAGCUUCCGACAAAAAUUCUCUCACUAGUCAGGGUAAGUAGCAGCCUUCUAUGAUGCUAUAAUCUUGCCUUUUUUGCUUUUGAAUUUGCUAGAUGUCAUUUCUGUUUAUUAAGUGAAAAAAUCACUUGCUUAUACCA